AUGGACACGAUCGAAUUCCUCCACACGGUUGGGAAGCUGAAAGAAACGAUGCGAACUGGUUGGGUGGAAACCGGUGUCCAUCAGCCCGAGUCCGUUUCUGAUCACAUGUACCGUGCUGCCCUUUUGUGUAUGAUGUGCCCGGACUCAUCCCUCAAUAGGGACAGGCUUGUACGCAUGGCGCUCUGUCACGAUGUUGGUGAGAGUAUAAUUGGUGACAUCUCUCCCAAAAUGGGUGUUCCGGCUGCAGAGAAACACAAGAGGGAAAAGGAGGCGAUAUUGCACCUUAGAGGACUCCUCCCGCAUGACUCCCCUUUGGAAAAGGAAUUACAGGAAUUAUGGGAAGAGUACGAAACUCAGGGAACCCCAGAGGCACGCUUUCUCAGAGACAUUGAUCUCUUGGAAAUGGUGACGCAGGCGCAUGCAUACGAGAAGACACAUCCUGAGUUAAACUUUGAUUCGUUUUAUGUUUCGGGGGAAAAAAUUAAGCAUCCGUGGGUUCGAAGUAUCUAUGACAACCUGGUGAGCACACGACCCUCUCGGAAGAGUUAA